ACUCAGGCGCUGGCUGCUGUGUGGCUCAGAGCGCCCAGUCCGACGCUAGGCUCUGAACCCCUUCCACCAGGCUCUGCGCUCGGUCCCCUCUGCUCCAUUUCCUCCCCGCUGGGCGUGCAGCUCAGACGCUCUUUGAACCUAGCAGGUUCGGUGGCCAGGAGGUGCCAUUCACAUCAAAUGUAGCCAUUUUAGAGGUGCCAAAAUAAAAUAUAUCAGCCAUAUUUAAUAAAUUCCAGCUCUACUCUUCUACCCUAUAGCCCAAGAAGCAACAACGAUGGCGUUAAAGGAUCAUGCAGUAUUUUUUAGGGAAAUGACACAGUUAAUUUUGAAUGAAAUGCCAAGAGCUGGGUAUUCCAGCAUAUUAAAUGAUUUUGUGGAAUCUAAUUUUUUUGUGAUUGAUGGAGAUUCCUUGCUUGCCACAUGCCUGGGUGUAAAAUCAUUCAAGUGGGGACAGAAUCUCCACUUUUUCUAUCUGGUUGAAUGCUAUCUUGUGGAUCUUAUGAGUAACGGAGGACAAUUCGCCAUAGUUUUCUUCAAGGAUGCUGAAUAUGCAUAUUUUGAUUUUCCUGAACUUCUUUCAUUGAGAACUGCUUUAAUUCUCCACCUUCAACACAAUACUAGCAUUGAUGUACAAACAGAGUUUUCUGGAUGCUUAUCACAAGAUUGGAAGUUAUUCUUGGAACAGUAUUACCCGUAUUUUCUGAUAGUUUCAGAGGAAGGCCUGAGUGAUUUACAAACGUAUCUUUUUAACUUCUUAAUUAUACAUUCCUGGGGAAUGAAAGUCAACGUUGUGCUUUCAUCAGGGCACGAAUCUGAUACUCUCAGACUUUAUGCACAUACUAUGGAAAGCACAGACAGAAACCAAACUUUUUUGAAGGAGAAUGAAACAGUGAUUCAGAGUGCAUAUAAAAGCCUCAUACAACACUUAGAAGAAAGAAGGGUGUUAGCAUUAGCCCCUCAUUUUGAACAUUUGAAAUGGAAUGAUAUGAUGGAAGAGGCAUAUCAGACUCUAUUUCUGCUUCAGCACCUAUGGUCAGAAGGAUCGGACAUCCAGCGUGUUCUCUGUGUCACUUCAUGUUCACUGUCCUUGAGAAUGUACCAUCGCGUCUUAGUGCACAGUAAUUGCCUAUCCCUGCAGGAGGUGGAAGAUUUCUGCAGACUGCGUUGCCUCUGUGUGGCUUUUCAACUCCACUUACCCCUUUCUCAGAGAGCUUGUUCUCGAGUCAUCACAUGCUCUUGGAUUGGGAACAGUGAUUCUUUCUUAAAAAUGAACAAGUGGUGUGAACAUUUCAUUUUAAGCAACUUAAACGCUUUUGGAUGCUGGAAUCUGAAUUUAAAUCAUGUUUCUGACUUGUAUGAUGAGCAAUUGUUAAAGAAUAUUGCCUUCUACUAUGAAUUCGAAAAUACUCAAGAACCACAUUUGAAUUUGGGAGAUUCCAUUAGGAGGGAUUAUGAACACCUGUGGAAUGUUGUGUCACACCUGGUUAAAGAAUUUAAUGUUGGAAAGUCUUUUCCUCUGAGAACAACAAGAAGACAUUUUCUUAGACAAGAGAAAUCAUUCAUUCAAGAAAUCUCCUUGGAAAAGAUGCCUAGUGCGGGUUUUAUUCCAAUGACAUCUGCUGUAAUUGAUGAGUUUGUUGGAGAUAUGAUGAAGGAUUUGCCUAUUCUAAAGAGUGAUGAUCCGGUUGUUCCUUCACUGUUUAAACAAAAGACAUCUGAUGAACUUCUGCACUGGCAUGCUCAAAGACUCCUUAGUGACGACUAUGACAGGAGCAAAUGUCACGUUGAUGAACAAUCGAGAGAUCCUCAUGUUCUUGAUUUCCUGAAAAAGAGUCAGGAUUAUCAGCAAUUUUAUGGGAAAUCGUUAGAAUCAAUCUCUACAAAAGUCAUUGUGACUCAAACUACUCGGCCAGAGGAGGAUUCCAGUGGUGCCAGUGGUGAAAUAUUACAGAAUACCAAACCCCACCAAAUUACCAAAAAGAGUAAGAAAAAGUCAUUUCUCAAAGAAGAUCAGAACAAAGCUCAGCAAAUGGAUGAUCUGCUAUUUUCUAUUGAAGAGGAGAUGAAGAAGAAUUUACAUUCUGGAAUAAGGAAAUUGGAAGAUUAUUUGACAUCAUGUGCAAGUAAUUCAGUGAAAUUUGGAGUUGAAAUGUUAGGAUUAACUGUCUGCUUUAAAGCAUGGAAAGAACAUUGCCGAGGUGAAGGCAAAAUUUCAAAAGAUUUAAGUAUAGCUGUUCAAAUGAUGAAAAGGAUUCAUUCACUCCUGGAGAGAUACUCGGAAAUUUUGGAAGCAGAACAUCAUCAAUAUAUAGCUAAAUGCCUUAAAUAUUUAGGCUUUAAUGAUUUGGCAAACUCUUUGGAUCCAACUCUGAUAGGAGAUGACAAAAAUAAGAAGAAAUAUUCGAUUGACAUUGGACCAGCUCGGUUUCAACUCCAAUACAUGGGCCAUUACUUGAUACGAGAUGAAAGAAAAGAUCCGGAUCCCAGGGUCCGGGAUUUUAUUCCCAAUGCAUGGCAGCGAGAACUCCUCGAUGUGGUGGAUAAGAAUGAGUCAGCAGUGAUUGUUGCCCCAGUGUCAGCAGGCAAAACCUAUGCUUCCUACUACUGCAUGGAGAAAGUGCUGAGGGAGAGUGAUGAUGGGGUGGUCGUGUACAUUGCACCUGCAAAGUCCCUUGUUGGUCAAGUGGCUGCAACUGUUGAGAAUCGUUUUACUAAAACGUUGCCUGCUGGCAGAACUCUAUGUGGUGCUUUUACAAGAGACUAUGGUCACAAUGUACUAAACUGUCAGGUACUUAUUACAGUGCCGGAAUGUUUUGAAAUCCUGCUGCUUGCUCCUCAUCGCCAAAAAUGGGUGGAAAGGAUCAGAUAUGUUAUAUUUGAUGAGGUCCAUUAUCUUGGCAGAGAAGUUGGAGCAAAAUUUUGGGAGCUCCUCCUUGUCAUUAUUCGAUGUCCUUUUUUGGUUCUUUCAGCUACCAUAAAUAACCCAAAUCUUCUCACCAAGUGGCUGCAAUCAGUAAAACAGUACUGGAAACAGGCAGACAAGAUUAUCGAAGAGAAAUUUAUUUCUGAAAAACAGGCUGACAAAUGUCUCAACUUUCUCCAAGACAAUUCAUAUAAAAAUCAAUCAUAUGAAGUUAGACUUGUGCUCUGUGGAGAGAGAUACAAUGAUUUAGAGAAGCAUAUAUGUUCAGUAAAACAUGAUGAUGUUUAUUUUGAUCAUUUUCAUCCCUUUGCUGCACUAACAACAGAUAUUAUUGAAAAGUAUGGAUUCCCACCUGAUCUUACCCUCACCUCUCAAGAAAGCAUCCAGCUUUAUGAUACCAUGGCUCAAGUCUGGGAAACUUGGCCCAGGGCUCAGGCAUUGUGUCCAGAGGAAUUCAUUCUUUUUAAGAAUAAAAUAGUGAUUAAGAAGUUGGAUGCUAGAAAAUAUGAAGAAAACUUAAAGGCAGAAUUGACAAAUUGGAUUAAAAAUGGCCAAGUGAAGAAGGUCAAAAGAGUACUGAAGAACCUUAGUCCAGAUUCAUUGUCUAGUUCAAAAGAUAUGGUAAAAAUGUUUCCUCUUCUUGUUGAAAAGUUAAGACAAAUGGAUAAGUUGCCUGCAAUAUUUUUUUUGUUUAAGAAUGAUGAUGUGGGAAAAAGAGCUGGAAGUGUGUGCACUUUUCUGGAGAAGACAGAGACAAAAAGCCAUCCCCACACUGAAUGUCAUAGUUAUGUCUUUGGAAUAGACGAAGUACUUGAAAAAGUGGGGAAGACACAAAAAAGGAUCAUUAAAAAAAACCCAAAGAAGGCUGAAAAACUGGAAAGAAAACAAAUGUAUAUAGCUGAAUAUAUCAAUUUCCUGGAGAAUCUGAAGAUUCUGGAAAUCUCUGAGGACUGCACGUAUGCUGAUGUCAAAGCCCUACACACUGAGAUUACCAGGAAUAAAGGCUCAACUUUGGAUAGGGUAUUAAAACGAGUGCGAUUAACAAGACACGGUGAAGAACUGAAGGCUUUAGCACAAAGGGGGAUUGGAUAUCAUCACAGUGGCAUGUAUUUUAAAGAAAAAGAGUUCGUUGAGAUACUCUUUGUAAAAGGGCUUAUUAGGGUAGUGACAGCUACUGAAACACUUGCCUUAGGGAUCCACAUGCCAUGCAAAUCUGUUGUUUUUGCCCAAGACUCAGUCUAUCUGGAUGCUUUAAAUUACAGACAGAUGUCUGGUCGUGCUGGAAGAAGAGGUCAAGACCUGCUUGGAAAUGUGUAUUUCUUUGAUAUCCCAUUGCCCAAAAUAAAAAGACUCAUUGCAUCCAGUGUUCCUGAGCUGAGAGGACAGUUCCCUCUCAGCAUAACCCUGGUCCUGCGACUCAUGCUGCUGGCUUCCAGGAGAGAAGACCCAGAGGAUGCCAAGGCAAAGGUGUUGUCAGUGCUAAAGCAUUCAUUGCUGUCUUUUAAGAGACAAAGAGCCAUGGAGACUUUGAAACUUUACUUUUUGUUUUCCUUGCAGCUCCUGAUCAAAGAGGACUAUUUAAAUAAAAAAUGUAAUCCAAAGAAAUUUGCAGGACUUGCAUCAUAUUUGCACGGUCAUGAACCUUCAAAUCUUGUUUUUGUAAAUUUUCUCAAGAGAGGCCUUUUCCAUAAUCUCUGUAAGCCAGCCUGGAAAGGCUCACGACAAUUUUCCCAAGAUGUGAUGGAAAAGCUCGUGUUAGUAUUGGCAAAUUUGUUUGGAAGAAAAUAUAUUCCAGCAAAAUUCCAAAAUGCUAAUUUAAGUUUUUCUCAGUCAAAGGUGAUCCUUGCUGAACUCCCGGAGGAUUUUAAAGCUGCUUUACAUGAGUAUAACCUGGCAGUAAUGAAGGAUUUUGCCUCCUUCCUACUGAUUGCUUCCAAGUCGGUGAACAUGACAAAAGAGUAUCAACUCCCUUUGUCAAGAAUCAAAUUCACAGGUAAAGAAUGUGAAGACUCCCAACUCGUGUCUCACUUGAUGAGCUGCAAGGAAGGAAGAGUAGCCAUUUCACCAUUUGUUUGUCUUUCGGGGAACACAGAUAACGAUUUACUUCGACCAGAGACUAUCAACCAGGUCAUCCUGCGCACAAUUGGUGUUAGUGGCACUCAGGCUCCUCUGCUGUGGCCAUGGAAAUUAGAUAACCGAGGAAGGAGAAUGCCACUAAAUGCAUAUGUGCUCAAUUUCUAUAAACACAACUGCUUGACAAGAUUAGACCAAAAAAAUGGGAUGCGUAUGGGACAGCUUUUAAAGUGUUUGAAAGAUUUUGCAUUCAACAUUCAGGCUAUCAGUGACUCCUUGAGUGAACUAUGUGAAAAUGAGCAUGACAAUGUAGUCCUGGCAUUUAAACAAUUGAGUCAAACCUUUUAUGAGAAACUUCAAGAAAUGCAAACUCAAAUGAGUCAAAAUCAUUUAAAAUAACACCAUGGAAAACUUUCAAGUCUGAUUAUGUGGUAUUUAUCCAUUUGCAAGGAGAGAUAUAUUUGAGCUUAUACAAUGAAAUGAAAAAAAUGUUUGUCUUGGAGCCAAACAGAAUUAAACUCAAAUAUUAGCUCUGCUAUUUUCUAACUGAAUGACCUUAAGUUAUGUAAUAUAUCUGAGCUUUAACUUUAUUUUUGGCAAAAUCAGAGUAAAAAUGAAUACCUCUAGUUGUUUUGAGGAUUAAAUGAGAUAAUGUAAGAAAAGCGAUUGGGAUUGGGUGGUAACCUCAUUAAUGGUAGUGUUUUUUUUAGUAGUUAAAGUUAAUGUAUAGCAAAAUUAGUUUCACAUUGUCAAGUUUUCAAUACAUCCCCAAGUUAAAUGAAUUUUAAAUUAAUGAUCAAUAAAUCACAAAGGAACCAAAUGAAUUCUGAACAACAAUUUAGUUACGUAAGAAGACUUCUGAGAUUACAAGAAAGUCACUGCUGUGGACUGGAUGUUUGUGCCCUCCCCUCCAAAAUUUUUAUACUGAAAUUCUAACCCUCAAUGUGAUGGUAUUAGGAGAUGAUAGGUCAUGAGGAUGGAGCUCCUUGGAUGUAAUUAGUGCCUUUAACAGAGAGACAAGAGAGCUUGCUCUCCAAUCUCUGCUCACUACCACUGGAUGAUACAAUGGGAAGAUGGCCAUCUGCAGACCAAGAAGCAAGCCCUCAACAGAACUGAAUCUACUUACACCAUGAUCUUGAACUUUCCAGCCUCCAGGAUUGUGAGAAAUACAUGUUCGUUGUUUAGCCAUCUAGUCUGUGGUAUUCUGUUGAAGCAGCCUGAAUUGACUAAGACAGUCACUUGGAGUAGUUAUAAACCACUUUCCUGUUGAAAGCAGAACAUGCUUAUUCAACUAUUUUGUCCAAUAGCAAUGAUAGAUUUUGUUUAAGUCCCCUACACUUUCUUAUUUUUUCUUUCUAAAGGAUCAAGAGUACACUUUCUGGCAGUGAUUAAGGAGUGUGUAUGUAACAGAAAGCAUAUAUAUAUCCUGUGAACCCGAAUAUGGAAUUCAGAUUGUUUCUGCCCUCAAUAUCAUACUUAAAAAACAAGCAUACAAACAAACAUAAGGGAACAAACAGCAACCAUAACAAAAACAAACCUUUAAAGCUGCGUUUUUGCUGUGUUAAAUGAAUACGGUACUCUGAAGGAGAAAAAAAGUUUCUCAAAUGAGCUUAAACUGCAGGUGAUUUAAAAAUUAGAGAAUAGAAUUCUUAAAGCUAUUGAAAGUUUCAACCAGAAAACCUCAACUGAAUUUUGUAUGUAAAUGAAAUCUUGAAUGUAAGUUCUGUGAUUCUUUAAGCAAACAAUUAGCUGAAAACUUGGUAUUCUAGUUUAUGUAGUAAGUGACUUGGCACCCAUCAGAAAAUAAAGGGCAUUAAAUUG